AAGCAACGGGCGAACAUGUACAAACCUGGCGGGAAAUCCACAGCUAUUAUUUCCGAAGGCCGAAAGAAGGUUCAUACAGCUUGGGAGGAUGGAUUUGAGCAAGUUGAAGAGUACGAUUUGACAACAGACCAGCUGCUUUUGCGUAAGGUUCGGCAAGAGGCCCCGACUGGGCGAGAAGCCAAAUGGGUUGUUGAGGUUGGCGAGGCAAACGAAGCUAAUGCACAAGGCGAAGGCCUGACGAUUUCGGCAAGCAGCGAUCAGCCUAUUAUGGUUAGGAGGGAUACAAAAGAAAACUUCCAGUGGAGAGUACGCAAUAUCCCUUAUCCACUGGAGGUCUACCAAAUUACGGUAGAUGAGAAUGCAAAUCAAAUCAUUGUGCGCACAAGCAACAAGAAGUGGUUCAAGCGGAUAAGCGUCCCUGAUAUGGACCGAAUGCACCUGAAGCUGGUGCAGAGUAACGUGUCGUUUACUCAUGCUAAUCGGACUCUUGUCAUUUCUUAUGCAAAACCAGCAAGCAUUUUGGAGGCGGAAGCGGCUCGUCGCCAGGAAAGAGCUACGAUGAAGUGUGGAGCAAAUGAGGGAGAUAUUGAUUGCAAGCAGCAAUAGACAGAAAAACGAAUGCUUUCGCUUACCUAAACUAGGCUACAGCCGCUGAACUUCCAGUACCGUCCUGUCACCCGACCGUACGGAACGACGCGCCGACAUCAGACAAGGUGAUCUGAUCGGACUGAGGUCGGGCACUCAGUCCCGCAACGGGCCGGGCGGCUCACCGGGCCAGCGGCCACGGUACUGCCGGGCUCAUCAAGGUUGAUUAUUUUUUAUUUUUUAUUUUUAAAAAAGGAAUGGGUGGGUGUG